AUGGCCACUCACUCAGUUCUUGUCGAUCCCGUCAAAAUCUGGGCGGAGUCCCCUGCAUCUGAUGCCAUCGCCCGUAAACCCGGAUGGAGUGACUGUAUACCCGUACGCGGUGGCUGGAUGCGGCGAAGGCCGAGGGUUCCAGGCCUGAAUGACCACUGGGGCAAGUGGUAUCUGAAUCGAAGUUAUAACCAACACUUUAGGUUCAACCCGGUGUCAAACGGAACGCAUAUGGAGACAGCUACAGAGGAGUUACAGUUUCACUGGAACGACAGGAACCCGGCCAGCGUCACGUCGCGGGAUUGUGAUGCAGGGCGAACCAGCGCUACUGAAUCGCCGCAUAGUCAUUCCGAACGGGUCAUUAGGAAGACCGGAGACCAAGGCUUGACAAUGGUUGAUGAAGCCGAUGACUUGAGCGUGUUCGAUCCGUAUGAAAGGCGACAGCAGGCAGUGGAAAUCGAGCGAAGUGGUAUGGAAGCUGAGUGUGGCGAGAGGUAUUCCGAAGUAUCAACGGCUGCUCUAUCUGAGCUCAACCCGAAGCACCGCAACAUUACACGGUAUCAUAAAUUCAAAGGCCAGCACCACCGAACUUCCUCCGCCAUCACCUCGGACAAGUCCGCGUUAGCCUCAUUUUCCGGUGUGUCUGCCUCUGUCGCUUCGACCUCCGACCACGUUGUGACGACGUCAAGCUCAGCUACCGAAACGGCAACCACAGUAGCCACAUGGAUUUUUGGCACAAUUAUGGCCGGGGUUGGCGUAGGGACCAUGCGUGCCACACAAAAGACUGCCGACGCGGGCACGAGAAGUGCUGUUGCUGGCGAGAGUUCGGCUCUCUCCAGCAGGAAAAGUGCCGCGGCGGCUGAAGAGUCAGCGCGAGCAGCGACAAAGAGUGCCCAGGCGGCUGAGAAUGGUGUUGCGGUUAUGCAGAAGCAACUCGAGGUCAUGAUCCAGGACAAACAUGGACCUCCUCCUGCAGGAAACAGCAGCGUUGGCCCUCCCACAGAUAACAGCGACUCCGGGACAGGGUCUGUAGAGGCGAGAAGUCCGGAUGUAGAGAUACCCCGAGAAGAACAAAGAGCACGAAGCGUGCCGACAGCGACACCUCCUGCUCCCGGUGCUGCGUUGACAUCUGCGCCGAUGACCGCUUCGCAAGAGGGAGUACCAACAGGAGGAUCCCCAAAACAGAUCGAUCCAGCCCAAGCCCCAGAAGUGACGGAGAAUUCGGCUACGAGCAAAAGACGAGCAGUCCCCAUCAAGGCGACUCCAUCGGCCAGAAUGUUAACAACUUCAUCUGCUGGAACAACAACAGCCAACAUAUCUUCGCCCCAGGGUCCGACCUUGGAACCCGGCGAGCCAUCUGUCAAUCAAAGUCCUCCGAAGCAAGUUCCCAACAUUAGAACCAGCGCGAUAACGCUCCCGAAUGAGACGAUUCGUCGGAAGGAGGGCUCUAUGUCUUCUAACAAUGAUUCUAUUCUCCCAGUCGAUAAUAGUCGGAAAGGCGGCCACGAGCGUCGACCUUUGGGAAAGACAUUUCGGUGUCAUUUUCAAAAGAAUUUUAUGAAAUACAUUGUUGGCCUCUUGGUUUUUGGUCUCGUUGGCGAAUCCGUCUACAUCUACCGCCUCGAUAUGGGGUUGACCCGCAUACCCAACGAUCCGUACGACCUGUGGUUUGGACAAGACAUUAGCCACAAUAGCCCAGGAAUCUGGGAUGCCGACCGGCAGUCCUUUCUCCGUCAUACUCGUCCUGUGCCAGUCCACUCGCACAAUGACUACGAGCGCCGAAUUCCUCUCUUCGAAGCACUUGGCUCCGGAUGCAUCAGUGUUGAAGCCGACGUACAUUUGCGCGGUUCUAGUCUUCUCGUUGGGCAUUCAAAAUCCAGCCUCAGUGAUGAUAAGACCCUUCAGUCGCUGUACCUGGAACCCCUACAACGCAUCUUGGAAGCACAGAAUGCUCAACUGACUGAUGGGGCUUGGCGCGGCGUCUUCGACCACGCCCCGGAACAGACGUUGCUCCUCGUCAUUGACCUAAAGACUUCAGGGAAAGAGACAUUUGCCGAGGUAGAUGCUCAACUGCAGCCAUUGAGAGAUCUCGACUACCUGACCUACUGGGAUGGUAAAGAGAGAAUCAUGAGGCCUUUGACAGUUGUGGCAAGUGGGAACGCACCUUUUAGCUCUGUGCUUGCCAUGAAUGCAACACACAGAGACAUCUUCUGGGACGCCAAGCUUGAGCAACUAGUAUCUAUCGAAGAUGACUUUACGACGGACCCCCCCAAGUACAAAUACAACGUCUCGAACUCAUAUUUGGCAUCGACCAGAUUCCGAAACGCCAUCCUAUUCAGAAACGCAAAUAAUUCUGAACUACACGGGGAGACGGCGUGGGAAAAGGACAGGACAUCAACGCAGAUUGAACAAGCAGAAUCCCGUGGUCUACUGGCCCGAUACUGGGAUACGCCUUCCGACCCCCCAAACGUUCGAGAGAUUGCGUGGAGAGUCUUGGUUGAUAACAAGAUUGGGCUCUUGAAUAUGGACGACUUGGGAAUUGUAAGAGCAAGGGCAAAGGGUUGGGGUGAGUUGCAGAAUGACUUACGUUGA